GACCGGAGGGGCGUGUCAGGAAGAACAAACGCUACAGGAGCUGAAGUUAUGUAGAAGAAGAUAAUGCAAGCGUUAUAGGGUUCGCUUUCUCAAGUCAGCCUGUGUUCUAGUUUUUCGCUUGAGGGGGCGUGGUUGUUUGUGACCCGGAAGUUAUUAUACUUGUAUGUUGUUGUCUUUGGGUUGCGGUGGUGUUUUGUAGGAGAAUGAAGGAUUCGUCUAGUUCGCAACCGGUGCCCGCUUUUCUAAGCAAGCUUUGGGCCCUGAUUGAAGAUCCGGCCAAUUGUGACGUAAUUUCAUGGAACUGGGAUGGGCAGAAUUUCUGUAUUCGAGAUGAACAACAGUUUUGCAAAGAGAUUCUACCAAGAUAUUUUAAACACAACAAUCUAUCCAGUUUCAUACGGCAGCUCAACAUGUAUGGUUUCAGAAAGGUAAUGAGCUUGGAAAGUGGACUUAUUAAACCUGAAACUGGUUCGGCUAUUGAGUUCCAGCACCCAUUUUUUAAAAAGGGAAAAGCAGAGUUACUGGAAAAAAUAAAGCGUAAGGUAUCUGCUGUCAAAACAGAAGACUCCAAUUUCCCCCAGGACGAUCUGCAUAAAGUCCUUGCAGAGUUACAAGAGUUGAAAGAUGUGCAAAGCAGCAUGGACACCAAACUGGACAACAUGAGGAGAGAAAAUCAAGCUCUUUGGACAGAAGUGGCAUCACUCAGACGAAAACACAGCCAGCAGCAGAAACUACUUGCAAAGAUACUACAGUUCAUUCUGAGUUUAAUGAGAGGAAACAUUGUGAUGGGAUCCAGCAGGAAAAGACCUUUAACCAUUGAAGCUUCACAGUCUCCACCGGCAAAGUACAGCCGUCCAUAUUUGCACAUUCCUGAGGAAGAGAGCCAAGAGCAUCCUCAGACCUCAGCAGAUAAUGUUAUCAUCCAUGAAAUUCCUAAUUCUGGGGAGGGUACAUCAGACAUCUCCAGCUCAGCUUCAUUUGACUCACAAAUGCAUACAGAACAACUUGCAAAACUAGGAAGCGGAAGCAUAGACUGCUACCAGGACACAGGUCAGGCAUUGAUAAAUGAUCAGCCAGUUCUGGAUAUUCCAUCUCUGAUGCCAGAUUUGUCUGUAGUGCCAAGCAGUGCUGUGGGAGAAGAGGGUUUAGCCCUGGAUGUCGUGCAGGCAAGCUCUUAUGAUGACCCUGAUGGUGUAAUAAACUCUAUUCUCAAUGAAAAUUGUACUACAAGCAGCCAUGCAGUACUUGACCGCGAAGAGAUACAAGACUUCUUAAGCUGUAUUGAUGCUAGCCUGGAGGAGCUUCAGACCAUGCUGUCAAGGAAGAAAAUUAAUGUGGGCCCAGAUGUUAUGGAGGAGCUAUUUAAUCCUGACUUGUUAUCCUCAGAUAUUACCGUGAUUGGACCUAACACCAGCCUGAACAAUCAGCAGAAUGAAAAGGACACUGAGAAUAUUACGUCUGCUAAAGAAGAUAUUUCGAAUAAAGACAAGCAGCUGAUUCAAUACACCGGUAAUCCUGUGCUCUCCUUAUUUGAUGAACUGCCGUCCAAUGAUUAUGUAUCAGUCCCAUCGGAUCCUGCAAAUCUCUUAACUUCCAUAGAAAAUGACAUGUUCCCAAGCAGCUCUGUUGAACACUGCUAUGCUGCUCCAGAUAAGGACAUUUGCAAAGAAACAGACCUGCUAAUGGAUGAUUUCAAUGGGUCAUUGCCCAUAUUUGUGCUAAGUCCUGUUAACAAGUUACUAGAUGAAGUGACCGAACCAGAGACAGUCUAAGAGGAGACGUUUCAAGGUUCAAAGAUCUUUUUGUUUCGGAUGGUAUUUAGAUGAAACAGUUUCUGUUUAGUUUAAAAAUGUUUCUCUAUAUUCUUGUUUUACUUUAUGUUCAACUCCACAAAGUGUCCUCCAUGCAUUAUGAUUUUCAGUUGAGAGCUUGCCUGGUAACUUUCUCACUGAUUGUUGUUUCAGCUACUUUAUUAACUUCAAUUACAGAUGGACAUAGUUUUAUAUUUUUGAAAUUUGUGCUCUAUGAUUCCAUACAAAAGCUGUUGCGGUAUAAAGAGCUGAGUUUCAAAGCAUUUACAGAAAUUAUCUUGUGAUUAUGUGUGUAGUUAAAUUGCAAGUAGCAUUUUAGAAAUUUGGAAAAGGUGACCUGUACAGUUAGUACAACCAGACUUUGUCCGCAGUGUGUUUUUUAAAUACACAAUAUGUAUAGCAGUAAUUAAUUUGUUUCCUCAAACAAAGCAAGAAAAUAAAGUACAAUAUUUCUAAGA